UCCGGGAAUGGUCCCCCUCCUCCCCUCCUCACCACGGUCACUCCCUCCCCUUCCCUCCUCUGCACGGCAGCUCGGUCCCUCCACAAGGGUGAAUGAAGUCGCGGGACAGGGGAGCCCCGAACUGAGAAAUGUGGUUCUUAUACCUCCUGGUGCCCGUCCUGCUUGGCAGGGUGGGUGGCUCCAGCACCCUCCCUCCAAAGCUCUUUGGGGAGCUGACUUCACCUCUGUACCCCAAGCCCUACCCUAACAACCUGGACAACACGACGGUCAUCACCGUCCCCGAGGGGUACAGGGUCAAGCUGGUCUUCUGGUUCUUCGACCUGGAGCCCUCCGAAGGCUGCUUCUACGACUACGUCAAGCUCUCUGCAGAUAAGAAAACCCUGGGCAGGUUCUGCGGGCAGCAGGGCUCUCCUCGGGGCCAUCCGCCCGGCCAGGCCGAGUUCAUGUCUCAGGGCAACAAGAUGCUGCUCACCUUCCACACGGACUUCUCCAACGAGGAGAACGGCACCACCAUAUUCUACAAGGGCUUCCUGGCCUACUACCAAGCUGUGGACCUCGACGAAUGUGCCGCACAGAGCAACUCUCUGGAGGAGGGGGCGCAGCCCCGGUGCCAGCAGCUCUGCCACAACUACGUCGGAGGCUACUUCUGCUCCUGCCGUGCAGGCUAUGCCCUCCAGUCGGACGGGCACUCCUGCCAGGUGGACUGCGGCAGCCAGCUGUACACAGAGGCGUCGGGCUACAUCUCCAGCGUGGAGUACCCCCAGCCCUACGGGCCUGACCUGCGCUGCAACUACAGCAUCCGGGUGGAGCGCGGCCUCACCCUGCGCCUCAAGUUCCUGGAGCCCUUCGAGAUCGAUGACCACCAGCAAGUGCACUGCCCCUAUGACCAGCUGCAGAUCUAUGCCAACGGGAGGAACAUAGGUGAGUUUUGUGGCACACAACGGCCCCCCGACCUGGAUACCAGCAGCAACGCCGUGGACCUGCUGUUCUUCACGGAUGAGUCCGGGGACAGUCGGGGCUGGAAGGUGCACUACACCACUGAAAUCAUCAAGUGCCCUCAGCCCAAGACCCGGGAUGAGUUCAGCAUCAUCCAGAACCCACAGUCUGUGUACCAGUUCCGCGACUACAUCAUUGUCACCUGCAAGGAAGGCUACCAGCUCGUGGAGGGGCACCAGGUGCUGAAAUCCUUCACAACUGUCUGCGAGGAUGAUGGCACGUGGCAUCGUGCCAUGCCCAAAUGCCAGAUCAGGGACUGCGGGCCGCCACGAGCACUGCUGAACGGAGCCUUCAGUUACACCACCACGAAUGGGGUGAACACCUACCAGGCCGGUAUCCAGUACCGCUGCAAUGAGCCCUAUUACAAGAUGCAGGUCAAAGAAGGCAUCAGCGAGCCAGAGCGAGGGACAUUUACCUGCACAGCCCAGGGUCGUUGGAAGAACAAGUUAGCAGGAGAGAAGAUUCCCCGGUGUUUGCCAGUUUGCGGGAAACCCGUCAACCCCGUCGAACAGAGACAGCGCAUCAUCGGAGGGGCCAGGGCCAAGCUGGGCAACUUCCCCUGGCAGGCUUACACCAACAUCCACGGGCGGGGGGGUGGGGCACUGCUGGGGGACCGCUGGAUCCUCACGGCGGCGCACACCCUGUACCCCAAGAAUCAUGACAACAUUGGCAGAAGCAUCAGCGACCAAGACCAGGAUCCCAACAGCCCGGACAAGACCGUGACCGUGUUCCUGGGCCACGUGACCAUAGAAGAAAUUGAGAAAUUGUCCCAUCACCCGGUCCGCCGGGUCAUCAUCCACCCCGACUACGUCCAGCAGGACGCCUUCAGUUUCGAGGGGGACAUCGCGCUAUUGGAGCUGGAGAACAGCGUCACCCUCGGCCCUAACCUCCUCCCCAUCUGUCUCCCCAACAACGAGACUUUGUACGACGUGGGUCUCAUGGGCUACGUCAGUGGGUUUGGGGUGAUGAGGAACAGAAUUUCCCCCGAUCUCAAGUUCGUCCACCUUCCUGUGGCCAAGAGGGAGUCGUGUGAGAAGUGGCUUCGGGCAAACCGGAGGCAGGAUGUGUUUUCUGAGAACAUGUUCUGUGCCGGGGACCCGACCCUGAAGCAGGACGCCUGCCAGGGGGACAGUGGAGGGGUCUUUGCCGUGAAGGACGAGGACAGUGACCACUGGACAGCCACGGGCAUUGUGUCCUGGGGCAUCGGCUGUGGCAAGGGAUACGGCUUCUACACCAAGUUACUCAACUACGUGGACUGGAUCAAGAAAGAGAUGGGUGAGGAGGAAGACUGAGUCCUCAGCCCACCGGGUGGGAACUGGCAAGAGCGUGUGUCAAAGAGAAACUCCUCGGGACCAGAGCGACAGCACAGCAGGGAGGGCGUUUACCUGGCAUGCGGCCAACCCCAGUUCUAUCCCCAACUUCCCAUGGGGUCCCCCGAGCACCACCAGGAAUAAUUCCUGAGUGCAGAGUCAGGAGUCAGCCCUGAGCAUCGCCGGGUAUGACCCAAAAAAGCAAAAAUUAAAAAAGAAAGAAAGAAAGAAAGAAAGAAAGAAAGAAAGAAAGAAAGAAAAGCACUCAGCCCAUUUGAGGACCACUAAGAAUCCUUAUUAAACUCACUGAUGCAUGAAGACUGGGCGUAAACUGAUUCUUAUCCUGUAAUCCCUUCCCACAGACUUCACCUGAAACAAGUCUAAGGGCAUCCAUCACAGGGGGCGGAGAGAUAGUAUAACGGGUAGGGCACUGGCCUUGGGCGCAACCAACCUGAGUUCAAUCCCCAAUACCACAUACGGUCCCCCAAACUCUGCCAGGAGUGAUGACUGAGUGCAGGGCCAGGAGGAAGUCCUGAGCACAGUUGGGUGUGGCUCAAAAAUCAGAAAGACAAAGAAAAGAA